AUGGACCUGUUUCUCGUUCCAAACAAUCCCGAACAAACCGUUCUUGUGUCGCUCAACGGCGUCGCCCACUAUCAAGUUACAACUGACAAGGUUCCAAAUUCAGGACGUCGCAUUUCGCGGCUUCAACGGCCAGCUGAAUCAGAAGAAGACAGUAUCAUCGCAGAGAUCGAAUGGAAAACCUGGGAACAACCUACUGUGCUUAGAAGCCCUCUCCUGAAGCGUAACGUCUCGGGAGUUACUACAAGUUCAGCAGCUUCUUUCAAACAAAGAACAAACGGAUCUGAAAUCCAUAACUCUCGUCGUCCACACAAGGCUUGCCGAAGAGUUGACGGGAAAACGGUCGGCGUGUUGGGGACAGAGUUCCUAUACAAGAGAGCGCGUUUCACUCCGACCCGUUACUUCCUUGGGAACGACAAUGUCGAGUAUCGAUGGCGGAUUGUAAAAGGCGUGGGUUGUGUCCUAACACACGGCAAGACCAACGAAGAGAUCGCACGUUUCACAUACACAGCGACAGAUGAAGGGCUCUACGCCGGUGAACGGAAGUCGCGGUUACGGAUUCAACCUUGUUCGGUGGAUAUUGACUUGAUUGUUUUGUCCUUCUUGAUGAUGGAGAAGAAAAGGCAAGAUCGUGCAGGCGACAGGGCUUUCGCACUGAUUGAGCAAAACCACGAUGAGGAUCCGCAAGGAGAAGGAGACGGCGGAGACGGCGGUGGUGGUGGUGCGUGA